UCCGCGCGGUCGUUUCCGAGGCGCCUCUCACGUCCCGAGGGAAUUUUGCAACUUUCAUUACACAUUUAAUUGACAGCACCAUAAAGUUAUUUUUGUAAGACUAUUUAGUUGAGUAAUUGUUCGUGGGUAAGCAUAGUGAAUGGUGCGGUGAGAAAACUUUUUGAAUUUUGUAAAAAAGUUUGGAGUUCAAUCAAACAUCAAUUUGUAUAUCAAGAUGACUUGACGAGUGUCCGGUAUUUAUUUGAGCGGCGCAGGUGGUCCGAUAAAGCAAAUAAAGAUGUCAAACAAAUCACAGACACUUUUGGAUAUAUUCCAAGAGAUACUGGCGGCGUCUGGUAACUCUUCGGACAGCAGUUUCAAUGAGACGCAGAUUCUAUCCGUCCUCCGGGAACAGACGAGUAAGGGAGUCGGUAAUGAGAACUUCGAAGCUAUCCUGGUGAAGAUGAUGAGGGACGCGAGGUCGAGACUCAAUCUGACAUUGAAGCCGGACACGUGUGGCUACUGCGAGGGAGAUUUUAGAGAUAUAAUUAUGGCGUAUAAUGGUAUACACGGAUACGUGAGCUUGUUGGUAUGCACGAUCGGCGUGAUAGCGAAUACCAUGAACGUGGCUGUUCUCACGAGGAAGGACAUGGCGGCGGCCCCCAUCAACAGGCUGCUGAAGUGGCUCGCGGUGGCCGAUGUCUUCGUCAUGCUGGAGUAUGUGCCCUUCGUUAUAUACAGAUAUCUGGUUCUGCCGGGGAAGUGGGAUUUCCCUUACUCAUGGGCGAUGUAUUUGUUGUUCCAUAUGCAUUUUGCACAAAUACUACACACAGCGUCCAUAUGUUUAACGCUGUCUUUGGCUAUAUGGAGAUAUAUUGCUAUAAAAUAUUCAGAUAGGAGUCACGUCUUGUGUACGGAGAGGAGAUGCAGUAUCGCGAUACUCACUAGUUUCAUAUUACCACCGAUUUUGUGCACUCCUACAUUUAUGGUGUUUGACAUUCAUACGAAAAACGUGACUGAUGUCAACGGAAACCCAGACAUCGCCUACCACGUCGACUCUGACUACCAGGGCACAUUGUACCAGGCCAAUUUUUGGGUGCACGCCGUAGUUAUUAAACUAUUACCGUGUUCCAUUCUGACAGUUAUCAGUAUAUGGUUGAUCCGAGCACUGUAUAGUGCGAACCAGCAUCAGAAGAAUUUGAGAAACUACAGCGCAUGUCCAGCUGCCGAGAAAAUGGUCAAGAGACAGAACAAAGCAGACAAAAGAACCGACAGGACAACAAAGAUGUUGCUGGCAGUAUUACUCCUCUUUCUUGUGACGGAGUUGCCUCAGGGCAUUCUCGGUUUGAUGAGCGGUCUGCUGGGCUGGUGUUUUUUCAAAAGAUGUUACGAUUUGUUUGGGGAGUUGAUGGACUUUUUGGCGCUGUUGAAUGGGGCUAUUAACUUUAUAUUAUACUGCUCCAUGUCGAGACAGUUCCGGCAGACGUUUAGGCAGUUGCUGCUGCAGCCACCGCUGGCCAGGUUCAUGCCUCCGACGAUGUCUCAUUCCGACUCCCACAAUCAAAACACGUGCACAGAAAAGGUUAAAAGAUAACUACAGCCCAGCUUCGGUUUGACUGUGAAUAGCAAAGACUUCAGUCCCGUGAGGGCAAACCGACGGGAGAAAUCCUGUGAUGUGUGAACAUGUCCUGUAGCUGGCGGCGAUGUCUCUCAAGGCACCAACCAGUAUGCGAUCCAAUGUUGAAAAAUUUAUAAAAAUAACGGGCCAAACGACAAAAAGCAGUCCACAUCGCUGCGACUAUUAGAAGUACCAUUGAAACGACAUUGUUAUAGAAGAAGUGAAGUACCAUUGAACGACGUAUUCUAUGGAGACAAUACGAGCAUCGCCUAUUUGGGACUAGCAAUUGUUAACGUUUUAGAGAAAAACCAAAGGUUUUCUAUUGUACGUAAUAAAUUGUAGCAGCUGUGCGCGGCGCGCUUCAGUACUGCGAUUUUACUGGUUGUAGAUUUAGUGGAACAUCUUUUAUGCUCUCAAAUCUAUGUAUGUAUGUUUAAUUGUCUAAUAUUAUUCUAAUGCUUAGUAAUAUAAUAUACAGGUUUCAUUAUUGCCUGAAAUAUGAAUCUAAUUGCUACAGUAAAAUCAGUGUUCAUUAUUAAAUCUGAUUACUUAAUUAAGGUGCGUAGGAUGAAAUCCUAGAUAGGUAAAAAAAAAUAAAAAUAUCCGAACUAAAACAAACUCCAUUAGUUCACAGAGAGCUGUAGUUGCAUUUCGAAACGUUGUAUCAAUUAUAAGUUCACAUCGAAAUUCAGCGUCCAUUUGUAAUAAGGUUAAUUAGGUAGGAAUAUCUUUUAUUAUUUAUUGAAUAUCAUUUAGAUGUAAUAGGAAGUGCUAAAGAAAUGUAUCUGUAUCAUUGUUAGGACGUAAUUAUGUUGAAGAUAUUAUAACCCAAAGAGAAUUAAUUUUAUGUGUAUAGAUAUUUUUUUUAUACAAGUAAGUUAAAAGAAGGUGGUGUAUGAUAAGAACAAACGGCUAAUUAUCUCAAAGGCCAUAUACAUUGAGUAUACUGUGAAAAUAUACAGUGCAACCUCGAUUAACAAAUCGGAAGGGAACAAGUAAAUAUUCGUUAUAUCAAGUAAUUCGUUGAACUGAGGUUUGUUAUGUUGAGGUUAGGUUGGUCUAAAAUUCGUUAUAAAGAGGUAAAAAAAUAGUUUUAUUCACCUCAACAUUACGUUCUUAUCUUUUUAUAGCGAACAACUUCCACUAAUAAAUAAAAAUACAUUUUAAAAAAAUUACUGUGUGUAUAGUAUAUAUUUAAAAACAAUUAGGUAGGUUACAAUUUUUUUCUUACACAAUUAAUCCAAAUUAAAUGCAGUAAAAUCCGUAAAAGUAGGUGCAAAGAUUAUGUAGGUGAUUUAAUGUUUAUUUCAAAGAUUCGCACAACAAACUUUCUUCUGAAAAUUUAUCUUUAAAUUUUAAAAUUGUAGCCAAUGUACUUGCGGGAAUCCCGAACUUAUUAGCUAUGUCUAAUUUUUUCGUAAUACAUAAUUAAUGAUGGUUCGCUUUUCUGUGGCCGAUAAGAAACAUCUUUUACGUUUCUGAACCAUAUCAACUUGAAUCUUUAACAAUAGUGACGAGCAGCAGUGUUUACAUUACUUUCCAUCAAACAACAAUGAUUGUUUUACGAACAAAAACAUGUCGAAACCUGUCGCGACAUGAAUCACAUACUAUGGGAUUAAGAAUCAUACAUUGGAUCUUUAUAUAAAGGUUUGGGUUGACAAAAUUCGUUAAUUAGAGGUAUUUAUAUUUUUUCUUUAUAGUUGAAAAUUCGUUAUAAAGAGGUUGAUCGCUAAAAAUGUUCGUAAUGUAAAGGGAUAUUUUACAUUGACUUUUAUGGACAAUUCAAGGGGAUUACGAAGAUUUUGUUAAAUCGAGGAAGUCGUUAUAUCGAGGUAGCACUGUAUUUUGUUUAUUCCCCAUCUUUCAUUCUAGUGAAGACCCAUAGACUUUGCAAGUAUUGUGGAUCUUACAGAACUCGAGAUAAUCAUAACAUAGACCUUAAUGUUGUAGGAGAACUUUGUUUCUGAGAACUAUCAUGAAUAUUUGAAUACCAAUAGUUUUGAUUAUAUACCAUUGUCAUUCAUAUAUUUUAACAGGUAAAUUACGUUAACUUGUGUGUUGUAAAAUUUCUUUCUUACCUGUUGUACACAUUAAUAUUUUUCUGUAAUGAUUUUUUAUUUUAAGAUGUAAAGCGACAGUUAUCUUUACCGUCAUUAUGAUUUUAGUAAUUGAGAUUUUUUUAUUUAUGCUAUAGAUAAUUUAGAUUAAUUAUUAAAUGUGCUUAUUGUAA